GUUUUACGACUAAGCAAACAACACCUGAUGACUGCUCAUUUUAUCUGUAUUUUUCUAAAGAUAGUUUCAGACUUUCACAUGACAUGUAUGUAUAGAACACACCGCCCACCUCUCGGACGUUAGGGCGCACAACGGAAGUGAGCGGGUUGUCUCAAACAGAUCAGACACGACAUGGCGUGUUUGCUAGCGAGCAGUAGCAACAUAGGCUCAACAAUGUUUUUUUUAACACGGCAAAGAAAUCAACGCUCGUGGAUAUGCUGCUUGUUUCUGGUGAUUUAUUUAACGUCGCUACCCGUUUCGGCAAAGCGGGACGGCCUCAGAGAAGUGACUGACGGAACCUGGGAGGAAAUCCUGACAGGAGAAUGGAUGAUUGAAUUCUACGCACCCUGGUGUCCAGCAUGCCAGCAGCUCCAGCCGGCGUGGAAGGAGUUCGCGGACUGGGGAGAGGACAUGGGGGUCAACAUAGCCAAGGUGGACGUCACCGAACAACCCGGUCUGAGUGGGCGAUUCAUCAUUACUUCACUUCCUACUAUUUACCACUGUAAGGACGGCGUCUUCAGGAAGUACCAGGGAGCUCGCACUAAAGACGACUUCCUCAGCUUUGUCGAUGAGCAGAAAUGGAGAGCAGUCGAGCCAAUUUCCUCUUGGUUCGGGCCAUCUUCAUUUCUAAUGAAUUCAAUGUCUGCUUUGUUCAAGCUCUCCAUGUUUAUCCGGCGUUGUCAUAACUACAUGACAGAGCAGCUGGGGAUUCCUGUUUGGGGGUCUUAUGUUAUCUUUGGCUUGGCCACCCUGUUCUCUGGCCUUGCAUUGGGACUGUUACUGGUGUUCAUAGCAGAUUUUGCCUUCCCCUCACGACGCUUCUCUUCUUCAGAUUACUACCAGAAAAAACAGACCAUGGAGCAGGCGAGGUUAAUCCAACGGCAAGAGGACGAACACGAGGCUGACGGCGAGGAAGACGACGACGAAGAGGAAGAAGAGGACGAUCAGGAUGACGUCUGGAGGAGGAGGAGGAGAGGGUCCCCAGAGGGCCACCCAGAACCUAGGGGACAGGGUUUCUCUGAUGAAGCUCUGAGGAAGAGGGUGGUGGCCAACCGCGAGGAGGUCGACGACGACGACGAGGAGGACGCCUAAAGAGUCCCACGGUUCCUACUCCUUUUUAGAGAAGAGCGUCAUGGCGUCGGCCGAGUCGGAGGAGCUUUGGUCCCGAGCUGCAGUGUUUACAGCUAACCUCCCCUUCUCCUCCUCCUCCUCCUCCUCCUCCUCCUCCUCCUCCAGGCCCCCAGAAACGCCUCGCUUCUAUUCUUCUCCCUCCCUUGUUUUUUAACGGGAGCGCUUGAGACUCUCUCUGUCUGAGCAGCAGGCUCCACCUGGAAAAAAAAAAGAAAAAAGAAAAAACACUGCUGACACCUGUUUCCACUUGUGGAGACAAAUCGCCUGGCUGAGGUUUAGGUAUGAAGUGCAGUAGAGCUGGAUUUUGCAACAUUGUUUAUGCUAUGCAUCGUUAUUUUUUUUUUUAAAGUGUGUUUAUUAUGUUUGUUUGAGAAUCAUUAUACCAAGCUUACGUUUGAAGUUUCUUUAGCUAAAUUUUAUUACUACUCAGCUUAUGUACAUAAGGUAUGUAUUUUACAAACCCUGACGGUUUGACCCAACCAAAACUCACUCCUCAUUUUUAGUGUACUAUGGAGGAAAGAGGGGGGGGGGGGGGAGAAAUGGCUCCAAAGUGUUCAAAUCCUGAAGAUUUCAUGCCUAGUUGAUUAGGCGACAACCGUGGUUAUCGUGGCAACAACAAGCUCACUUCUUGUUUGAUCACUUACUGUAAUAUUUACUGAUCUCCUGCUGAAAAAUGAUGGUUGUAUUGUAGACCUAUUUUCCCUGAAACAGCUGUCAGUGCUAACCUCGACAAAUACAUCCCGUUUCCUGUAACGCCUUCACAAUAAAGCCACUCUGUGUUUCACCAGUUGAAUGCUUUUAAUGUGAAGCAGCAGUAGGAAAUGUUUUGAUGCUAGCAGCAACUUAAUACACCUCUGAUACUGUGUAAGGAGAAUCGAGAGUGAACAGUGAGGCUGAUAUCAAUAAAGGCAAUUUAAAUCUAGCGUGGAAAUGGCGGACUACUCCACAAACAGUGGAAACUAUAGAGAGCCUGCAUGAUAGGAGGAAAAUCUGCGCCGUACGAUAACCUUUAUCAACAUUGCGAUGGCGACAUGACUUGCGAUAAACAGUUAUUGAAGUAUGCAUAUUAGCUCUACGUUUCCUAUGUCAGCCUGGUUGUCUUUAAAUUCAGAACCGGAUUUGGAAUUGAAUAUUUUAAUUAAAACUAGGCUAAAUGUUUGUAGAGCAGCAACAGUAUUGUUUACAACAGCAAAGUCACGUUAACACUUUACUUAAAGGUAUCUACAUAAGAGUGACAUGACACUGUCAUGAACACGUGACACUGUCAUGACACAUGAACUCUAACUCUAACCUUAACCCUAACCAUAACUUGUCAUGACAAAAAACGAAUGACACUUAUUCAAAGAAGAGUUAUGUCAUAAACGUUUAUGACUUGUUUAUAAUGUUUAUGACACGUUCAUGACAGUGUCAUGUCACUCUUGUAUAGAUGCCUCCCUUCAAGUAAAGGGUAACCAAAGUCACUGUAUGUAAUCAUUGAAAUCUCACUGCAAACAAUCUAAAAAAUGUCAAUAAAAUAAAUAAUAUUCCGGACAUCAAAAUACUGAGUGAAGUUUAGAAAGAAUGAAGAUUUUCGAGAUUUAUUUGUCACGGACAGUAUCAGUCAGUAUUAGUCAUUCAUCCUGUCCUCUGUCCUCCCUCUCCUGAGGCACCAUCACCGCAUAUUAAUUAGCCAUGUGGGUUUAUCUGAAAGAGUAGGGGCUGGUUUGUCUCGGUCAGCAGCUAAGUUUACAAGAAUUUGCCAAAUUUUAAGAUACGUGGCAAACUAAGAUAAACGGACUUAAAACGGCUUUUGUUUUUGCUUGUCACAAUUCGCUAUUGUAAGACGUAACGGCAGUGGAUGAGAGACUGCGAGAGAGAUUAAUAUCUUGUUUUCUACAUGUUUUUGCUUGUUGAACAGGUGUGUUGAUAAAGUAAAGCUUUAGCUCAAGCUUCAGCUUGAGCUAUCUUCACUUUACUUCCCGGUCUCCUCUGCGGCCUCUCUGACCUGCUGCCCGCUGACUUAGCUCUGUGUGUGUUUGUGUGUGUUAGCCUAUGUGUGGAGGAGUUCGGCCCCGACGCAGAGGAGAGGCUGCAGCGUGAUGACAAAUCCUACAAUUUUUAGCCCCUGGGCCCGUUUAAUACAGGGUUUUGGUACUCCUCCAUAAAUAAAAAAAGUUUUUUCUUAUUCCCCUGCGUUUCAGGCAAUCUUUUGCUGUGUUUGCCGUGCAUGUUCAUAUUGCGAUGACGAUGAAAAUACGAUUUAUCGGUCAGCACUAAUCGAGAAGUCUUGACUGAAUGUAAAUACAUUGAAUUGUUAUUGCAGAAAAAAAAUAGCCAACAAUUUCAUGAAAAUUGUGAGGAUUAUACCUUUAAAUCUCAGCCCGAUCGUUUUCCCUCAGUCUGUGUAAAGUGUGUAUUCUCUUGGUACAGGUAUGUUAUGGGGCAGGAACCCUUCAUAUGGCCAAAAUGUAGACUUUGUUGCACUGCCCGUUUGCAGAAACGCUAGGUAGAUGCUGAUUUUUAAAAAGGAAAUAUAUACACUCCAAAUACAGUAAAUGGCGCGGUGAAUGUUGUUCUGUAGAUAGUACCGGUAUAUGUCCCCAUAAUGUAUCAUGCAAUCAACCAAUGGGAUGCGUUAUUUAAUUUUGUGUUACUAAUGUUUACUUGUGAUUCUAAUUAUUAAAGGACAUUUGCUUAAAGAACCCAUAUGUGUUAUCAACCUGUCAGCAGGUCUACAGAACAGUAUUUGCAUGCCGUAUUAAAGAGAGGAACAACUAAAUAUGGAGAGAAGUCUGGCAUAUCUGUCCUAGCGCUACUCUGCUUUGUGGAACAGUAAGAGGACCAGAAGGAAGCGGUCUGCUCGACAAAGGGAGACAUAAUACACCCCACUGUAAUCUUGUUUUUAACCACUUUUUAUUGGACAAAUUAAACAUGAACUUCUGAUGUUAAAUGAGUGCUAUUUUGUGUACUUGAAUUUGUCAUUGAAAUUUUGAACAAAUUGGAACUUUUAUGUGUAUGUGUUUUUAUGUGUGAGAUAUUAUUGCCACUAUUCAUUUCAGUCUUGUAAAGGUGUGUGUGUGUGUGUGUGUGUGUGUGUGUGUGUGUGUGUGUGUGUGUGUGUGUGUGUGUGUGUGUGUGUGUGUGUGUGUGUGUGUGUGUGUGUGUGUGUGUGUGUGUGUGUGCGCGUGUGCGUAUUUCUGUUGUUUUGAUUAGGCUAAUAUAAUAAUGACUGGUAUAAAUGUUUAUUUUAUCAUUCAUUUUGGUGAUGGUUGUAAUUUUUUACCCAACCUUUAUUAACAGCUUGUAGCAUUCACACUUUACUCUGAGCUGGCUGUGCUCCUUUUAUUGUUUAAACAUUUCUUUUAAAUAAAGGGUUAACUCUGAAAA